UAUUAUUCACCAUUUUUUUGUCCUGAGAUCUCUCUUCUUAAUUAACUCUCUCUCCGAUUUUUCUUUCUCAGGUUCAUCAAUCUCGUUAAACUCGUAAACCAUGUCGGCUGCUGAAUCAGCUACCUCGAUUCAAAAGAACCAAGUUGAUCUCUUGGAUUUUAUUGAUUGGUCUGGACUUGAAUGCCUUAAUCAAAGCUCCAGUCACUCUUUGUCCAAUGCUCUCAAGCAGGGUUAUAGAGAAGAUGAAGGUUUGAACCUAGAGAGUGAUGCCGAUGAGCAACUUCUGAUUUAUAUCCCUUUCACGCAAGUCAUUAAACUACAUUCCAUUGUAGUCACGGGAUCCGAAGAGGAAGGUCCAAAGACGGUGAAACUUUUUGCUAACAGGGAACAUAUGGGGUUUAGUAAUGUCAGUGACUUCCCUCCAAGUGACACUGCUGUUUUAUCCCCUGAUAAUCUAAAGGUGGCUCUUCUUUGUCUGUCUUUCCACCGUGAAUUGAUAAAUCUCAUAACGUUCACCAUCUCUUCCUCUUUUCAGGGGAAACCAGUAGUCUUGAAGUAUGUCAAGUUUCAGAAUGUCCGUAGCUUGACAAUAUUUAUUGAAGACAAUCAGUCGAGUUCGGAGAUCACAAAGGUUCAGAAGAUUGCUUUGUAUGGAUCAACGGUGGAAACGACGGACAUGAAGGGGUUGAAGAAGAUCGAGGAUCAUUAACCCUGAAAGGAGGUGGAGGAAGAGCAAGAACAUGGAUGAACCCUUAUGGCCUGGGAUACUAUAGACAUUGAUUUCCAUUUCUUCAUCUAGUUUUGGACUGAGUUACUCUGCUGAGAAAAAUACAGCACCUAAAUUCUGAAGGAAAAUGCUAUAUUUAUGUGGCAGCAUCAGCUUUUGACA